AUGUAAACCAAACACAUGUGUUGUCAUGUUGAAGUGAAACUAGCUAAAUAACCUAAUCAAUACUGUAAAUCUUGACUGGUUUUGUGAAGAAUUCGAUGUAUGAUUUUAUAUACUAGCCUAUUGGAUACAUUGUAACAAGUCAAAAUGAAGUUUUACGUACAUUCCAAUGACCAUGGGUUCACCAUGGUGGUCAGAUGUGAGGAGGGCUACAAAGGAACAGUGGAGGACAUUGCCAUGAUGUUUGUUAAAGAGUUGAGGAAGAAACUACCAGCAGCAUUAACAGACAAUGUUGAUGUGGAAGUGAAGAAAAGUCAUAAAGUUUUAGACCUGAAUUGGGAGGUGAAGAGAAAAGUAAAGGAUAAAGAUGACUUGUUUCUUACUGUACACCAACGUACAACAUCCAGAUCUGAUACCCAGAAAACUGCUGAUGUUAAAGAGCCGAAAAAUGCUGACACUAAAGUUACUAAAGAAGACAGUGAGAAACAGGCCCCUCCUACAAAGGAAAGGAAACCUAACAGUAAGGCAGAUGGACUAAUGCAGUUAGCUGUCCAGUUUAUAACCAAAGGGAACUUACAACAAGCCGCCAGGACACUGGAUGAAGUCACCAAGAUAGACCCAGGCAAUAUGGAAGCUCACCUAGGUCUUGUUGAUAUCUAUCUGAAGGCAGAUCGACCCAAGAAGGCCUUAAAAUGGUGCAAGAAAACGAGAGAGAACCACAACAGUAAAGAGCUGGCUCUCAGGGAAGCCCAGUGUUACCUAAACAUGAAGAAGUCAGACAAAGCCGUUGACCUCUUGUUGACCUACUGCAAGGACAUGAGAAUGUCAGGAGGCGGACCUAAAGGCAUUAAAUAUGAUGUACAGGUGAUGUUGGCCAGAGCUUAUCUACAGAAGGACCAGAAGGAUAUGGCCAUUACAGUAUUACAGGGUGUUCUGAGGGAGGACGAGAAGAAUGUGGAUGCCCUAGCAGAGUUCGCUCCCUUGGUAUUCCCGUACGCUCAGCCGAGUCAGAAGGAGAACACAAUGUCUGUGGUCCUCACUCUUCUGUCAAACAACAAAGGUAGGACAGAGGUUCAAACCAACGGGAAGUACAUUAAGGAGAAGUUUGCCUCUAUGUGUAAAGCGGAGCAUGGCCUUGAGGUGUUGGAGAGUGUGUCUGGGGGUGCCUGGAAAGAUAUUUCAGCUCUAGUAUUCAUGGCGACAUCCCUGCGUGAUUGUGGAG